UUCUCUUCCAUCCUCCUUCUCUUCCAUUAAAACUCUCUCAAUCUUCUUCUUCUUCUUCUUCUUCUUCUUGUAAUCAUGUAUAAAUCAAAGGAUAACACCGUAUACUACCCUCCACCACCGGCACCGGGGAUAACCACCGGAAUACCGGCCGGCAUCUCUUCAUUCCAAGUCCAAUCUCAAGCAGAAGGACCUUGGUCUACUGGUCUUUGCAACUGCUUUGAUGAUGUUAGCAACUGCUGUGUAACUUGCUUUUGUCCAUGCAUCACCUUCGGCCAAGUCGCAGAAAUCAUCGAUCGUGGUUCAACUUCAUGCGGAACGAGUGGAGCUUUGUACACGCUGAUAAUGUGUUUGAUCGGUUGCCAUUGUAUUUACUCAUGUUUUUAUAGAAAAAAGAUGAGAUUGCAGUAUUCACUCGCCUCUAGUCCGUGUAACGAUUGUCUUGUUCAUUGUUUUUGCGAGCAAUGCGCACUUUGUCAAGAGUAUCGUGAGCUCAAGCGACGCGGUUUCAAUAUGGAAAUCGGAUGGCAAGCAAAUUUGGAGAACCAGGGACAUGGACAAGCUGUGUUGCCACCCAAUGUUCAGGCUGGCAUGACUCGUUGAACAAAGAGCUGUUCAAAAUCCUAGAGAAAGUGAUGUGUUGCAUGAAUUAUUAUUGUAUUUUGGUUGUGGUAGAUUUUAGUAUUGCGCCGUGACAAUAGUCUAACGGCUAAGUCACUUACAUAAUCCUUAUGUGAGAGAUUAAAAAUUUUAUUUUUUAUUAAUGUAUAGUUGAGGAGUAAUAAAAAUAUGUAGGUUUUGAGUGGUUUGUACUUUAGUAUUAUAAUUUGUAAUAAAAAGUCUUUGUUUUGCA